AUUACAGAAAAUAUUUAUUUCUGAUUUAAAACAUACUACCAAAUAUUUCGUUAUCAGAUUUAGGUUUAUUAUUUCCACUAUCGGAAAAUUAUCUACCAAUUAAUUAAUUUUAAAUAAGAAAAAAUAAGGAAGGGCUAAGAUUGGGUCUAUCCGCCUGAACUCAAAGUUGGCGUCUGGGCAAACAAUUGUACAGUGAGGAAGUGCUGUUUUUCAAGAUAUAUGUAUUUUUUAAUUUUUUUACAUUAUCUUGCACAUAAGCCAAAAUAUGCGAUAUAGAGUUACUUAAAGUACACAAAUAUUAAUUACAGUAAAACCUGUAAAGUUGGCCACCCUUAUAACUUGGACACUCGCUCAAAUUGGACAAAAAGUUCUGUACCAAAAUAAUAUAGUACAUACAAAAUAUCCAUAUAUUCACUGCAUAAUUUAGACACUGUCUAUCUUGGAAGUUGGACAAAAUUUGUCUCAUUUUUUAAACAGCAAGUAUUAAAAUCCCUUUAUAUCUUGGACAAUAUAUUUAAUAUGUAUGCAUAUUUGUAUGCUAUUUACUUAUGUACUAUACCUAUGUGUAUAUUUGUAUUUCGGCAUCAAUGAAAUUUUUCAAACUUUGCAAUGCCGAUAUUUUUGCGAAAUUAUGUAUGCAACAAAUUUCAUGGAUUAGCUAUGACACAAUUAUGCCUAUCUGAUCAGUUGUUGCAAUCAUGUCAAAAAGAAAACGCCCAGUGGAGUUAUCUCUAAAAAUUAAAACUGAGAUAUUGAAUGAACCGGCUAAUAAAAGCCUAUCUAUAAGAAAAUUGGCAGAAAAAUAUAGAGUUUCCAAAUCAACAAUCGCUAGUAUUAAAAAUAAAAAGGAACAUAUUAUAAAAGAAUUAGAAAGCAACCCCGAUCCGGAACGCAAAAACAAAACACUUAUAACUGAUUUUGAAAAAAUAAAUGAUGGAGUGAAAUCGUUUUCUGAAAAACGGUCUAAGAAUAUUCUGAUCAGUGGCCCAAUAAUUCAGGAAAAGGCUAAGCUAUUGGCUUCUGAGUUACAAAUAGAGAACUUUAGAGCAAGCAAGGGGUGGUUAGAAUCUUUCCGCUUGAGACAUAAUAUUCAAUUUAAAGCUUUAAGUGGUGAAGGAGGAUGGAUUCCUGUGCAGAAGUUCAUGCAAGUGCGGAAAGUUUUCUGAUCGCCAUUCACUUGGGAGUGGCCAGAAACGAUUCUUUUACAUAUGACACAAGCAGCUCACGACUUCCGGUCUUUGACCAAGUAUCCUCUAGAUAGCCUAAGAACAUCCGUUUGAAGGCGAGCUAAAGUGAGAAGGCAAUAUCCCCUACUUAGGGUUGUGCGCUGGGUUUGGGACCCGCCACGUAAAAAAACACCCCCAAUGAAAAAGCAAACACAGCCUCGGAUGAGAGACCCUCCUUUUGAUGACGACCAUGGCAAACAAAAUAAGGACUAUGAUUUGAGGGCAUGCACUUGGAAUGUCCGGUCCUUUAAUUGGGAAGGUGCCGCUGCCCAGCUGGUAGAUGUCCUCGUAAAGAUAAAGGCUGACAUCACCGCCGUUCAAGAAAUGCGAUGGACGGGACAAGGACAGAGACAAGUAGGUCCUUGUGACAUUUACUACAGUGGCCAUAUAAAGGAGCGCAAGUUUGGUGUUGGAUUCGUGGUGGGAAAGAGACUCCGUCGCCGAGUACUAUCAUUCACUCCGGAGAAUGAACGUCUAGCCACAAUCCGCAUCAAAGCGAGGUUCUUCAACAUAGCACACUUAUGAGAAAUGCCACCGCCACAAUGUCAAAACGUGCUUGGCGACUUUAACGCCAGGGUGGGCAAAGAAGGUAUCUUUGGCACUACGGUCGGUAAAUUCAGCCUCCACGACGAAACAACCCCAAAUGGGUUGAGGCUGAUCGACUUUGCCGGGGCCCGAAAUAUGGUUAUCUGUGGUACUAGAUUCCAGCAUAAGAAAAUACAUCAAGCUACCUGACUGUCUCCGGAUCAAAAAGCCACAAACCAGACGAUCAUGUUGUGAUAGACGGAAGACACGUUUCCAGUGUUCUAGACGUGCGUACGCUCCGAGGUCCUAACAUCGACUCGGACCACUAUCUUGUUGCAGCCAAGAUUCGCACCCACCUCUGUGCAGCAAAAAACGCACGCCAACAAACACAAGGAAGGUUCGACGUUGAGAAGCUGCAAUCACAACAGACAGCCGAACGAUUUGCUACUCGGCUUACACUCCUACUCUCCGAGAGCACUCGUCAACAACUCGGUAUAAGGGAACUGUGGACCGCAUUUCAAACUCCUUACGUACAGCUGCAACCGAAACCAUUGGUUUUCGAAAAAUGCAAAAGAACAGCUGGUACGACGAGGAGUGCCGUGUCGCAGCGGAGAGAAAACAGGCUGCCUACCUCACAACGUUACGAUCGAUCACAACACGUGCGGGAUGGGACAGAUACCGAGAGUUGAAGAGGGAAGCGAGGUGCAUUUGCAGACAGAAAAAGAAAGAGGCCGAAAUGCGUGAGUAUGAAGAGCUUGAUAAGCUGGCCGACAGGGGUAAUGCUUGAAAAUUCUAAGAUAAAAUGCGGCGGCUUACAGAAGGUUUCAAGACCGGAGCAUACUCUUGUAGAGCCCCCAAAGGUGAUCUAGACACCGAUACCCAGAGCAUACUUAAAUUAUGGAGGGAACACUUCUCCAGCCUGCUGAAUGGCAGUGAAAGCAUAACACCAGGAGAAGGCGACCCCGCUUCCCCAAUCGAUGACGAUGGAACAGACUUUCCAUGGCCCGACCAUGAAGAAGUUCGAAUAGCAAUUACCCGCCUGAAGAACAACAAAGCGGCGGGGGCCGAUGGACUGCCGGCCGAGCUAUUCAAACACGGCGGCGAAAGCAUGCCCAACGAUUGGAAUUUAAGUGUGCUAUGCCCAAUCUAUAAAAAGGGCAUAGAAAACAAUCUGCGCCAACUACCGUGGGAUAAGCCUCCUCAGCAUUGCGUAUGAGGUUCUAUCGAGCGUAUUGUGUGAAAGAUUAAAGCCCACCGUUAACAAACUGAUUGGACCUUAUCAGUGUGGCUUCGGACCUGGAAAAUCAACAACCGACCAGAUAUUCACCAUGCGCCAAAUCUUGGAAAAGACCCGUGAAAACAGAGUCGACACACACCACCUCUUCGUCGAUUUCAAAGCAGCUUUUGACAGCACGAAAAGGAGCUGCCUUUAUGCCGCGAUGUCUGAAUUUGGUAUCCCCGCAAAACUAAUACGGCUCUGUAAACUGACGUUGAGCAAUACCAAAAGGUCCGUCAGAAUCGAAAAUCGAUACCAAACGAGGUUUCAGACAAGGCGACUCCCUAUCGUGCGACUUCUUCACUCUGUUGCUGGAGAAAAUUAUUCGAGCUGUAGAACUUAAUCGAGCAGGUACAAUCUUGUAUAAGAGUGUACAACUUCUGGCGUAUGCCGAUGAUAUUGAUAUCAUCUGCUUCAACACCCGCGCCGUUAGUUCUGCUUUCUCCAGGCUGGACAAGGAAGCAAAGCAAAUGGGUCUAGCAGUGAACGAGGGCAAGACGAAAUAUCUCCUGUCAUCAAACAAACAGUCGUCGCACUCGCGACUUGUCUCUCGCGUCACUGCUGACAGUCAUGACUUUGAAGUUGUAGAUAAUUUCGUCUCUUUAGGAACCAGUAAUGUCAGCCUGGAAAUCCAACGCAGGAUAACUCUUACCAACAGGUGCUACUUCGGACUGAGUAGGCAAUUAAAAAGUAAAGUCCUCUCUCGACAAACAAAAACCAAACUCUAUAAGUCGCUCAUAAUUCCCGUCCUGCUAUAUGGUGCAGAGGCUUGGACGAUGACAACAGCCGAUGUGUCGACGUUACGAGUUUUCGAGAGAAAGGUUCUGCGAAAGAUUUAUGGUCCUUUGCGCAUUGGCCACGGCGAAUAUCGCAUUCGAUGGAACGAUGAGCUGUACGAGACAUACGACGAUAUUAACAUAGUUUAGCGUAUUAAAAGACAGCGGCUUCGCUGGCUAGGUCACGUUGUCCGGAUGGAUGAAAACACCCCAGCUCUGAAAGCGUUCGAUGCAUUACCCGCCGGGGAAGCAGAGGAAGAGGAAGACCUCCACUCCGUUGGAAGGACCAAGUAGAGAAGGACUUGGCUUCGCUUGGAAUAUCCAAUUGGAGCCACGCAGCGAGAAGAAAAAGCGACUGGCGCGCUGUUGUUAUCUCGGCUAUAAUCGCGUAAGCGGUGUCUACGCCAGUAAAGAAGAAGAAGAAGAAGUGGUGAAGGAGCGAAUGUAGAUCUUAAAGCUGCCUCAGAUUUUAAAGAAAAACUACCAACACUUUUAAAACAUUAUUUACCUGAGAAUCAGUUUAAUGCGGAUGAAACUGGAUUGUUUUAUCGUUAAUUACCUGCUCGAAGUCUCGUUGCAAAAGGCGCAGUAUGUAAAGGAGAUAAACUGGCAAAAGAAAGACAUAGCGUAUUGUUUUGCUGCAGCAGUAGAGGAGAAAAGUUAAUGCCGUUGGUUAUAGGUAACGCUGCGAAGCCGAGAGCUUUUCACCGAAAUAAAAUCGACACUCAAAAUUUGAUUGUGCAAUGGGUUCACAAUAAAAAGGCUUGGAUGACAAGUGUAAUUUUCUACCAUUGGCUUAGUUUUGUCAAUGACCAAAUGAAGAAGCAAACCAGAAACAUUAUUUUGUUCAUCAGUCACCGACUAAACCUCGUACUGAGCAGUUGAGUUAGCGUCUUUCUCUGUGUUUACAGCUAUUCGUAUAGCUCUCUUUUGGUGUUUUCUUUGUUUUUGCACACCGGUCUGCUUACUUAAGUAACGCGAUUAACACUUAUUUCUAGUGAGAAAUAUAAUCCAAUACUUAUAUAAGUGUAUUAUAAUUUUUCCACUAUGCCCCCGGUGGGCUUCCAGUUCGGGGACAACAGGUUUGCUGCGCUGGCCCAAGGUCCCCAACCAAAACGUAAAAAAUCGUAUCAAAAACUGCAAGAUGCUUUUCCUGACUUACCGCCAAUAAAAAGUGAUGACCCAAAGUAUAUAGUGAUUAAAUCCGAUGAGAAUACUACACCGCUUUCGAAGGUUUCUUGUUUUCGUGUUUACAAUGCCUUACUCACCGUGAGCAAAGAUAUAAACAAAAUUAGUGAAUUACGCGACGGCAGCCUAUUACUGCUAGUGAAAAAUAAGCAAGUAGCAGAAAAGUUUAUAAAAACGAAAUGUCUUUUCAACAUUGGCGCUGUUAGCGCUAGCUAUCAUCAACAUCUUAAUUGUAACAAAGGCACCAUUUAUGCACCGUUCUUAAACGAUGUGCCUGAAAACGAAAUAAUAGAAGGACUGAGUUCUUACGAAGUUUCCGCGGUUUAUAAGUUCACUCGCAAAGUUGAAGGUGUUAUAAAGCCUACUGGUGUUAUGCUAAUAUCAUUCAACAGUUAUUCCCUUCCAAACAAAAUAAACAUCGCAUGGAGGAUGACCUCUGUGCGACCGUACGUGCCUAAUCCAAUGCGCUGCAGGUCAUGUCAGAAAUUGGGUCAUACGCAAAAACAUUGUAAAGGCUCCCCAACAUGCGAAAUUUGCAAUUUUCCCUCACCACACGAUAAUGACUGCAUCCGAGUUAUGUGUGCGAAUUGUUCUGGCGAGCAUCGCUCUUCUGACUAUACGUGUCCAAAGUAUAUGCAAACCAAAGAAAUUUUAAAAAUAAAGACACUAGAAAAGUGCAGUAUGCACGAAGCCCUCAAAAAGUAUAGAGAAAAUACUUCCCUCCCUUCCCUCACUGCUAGCUUUGCACAUGUGCUUCAACCUGCAAAAGAGGUAUCCUCUGAAACCACCACACCAACAAAAAUUUCAGCCAUCAACAAUUCCACAAAAUCUAAAAAUACUCAUAUAACCGCCGACAAUGACUUGCCUACUACAUCAAAACAAAACGCAGAGAUCACCUCUGCACCCAACUCAUCAUUAAAAUCUUUAACUAACAAAAACCACUCAUCAAACGCCAACAAUAAGCAUAUUUCCAUCAACAAGCCUACAUCGAUCAGUUCUGACUACAACAACGUCUCACAUUCAGCUAAAAAUAUCAGCGACAACUGUACCCAACAAGACUCUUUCUUAAAUCCCAAACUUUUCAGUCCAACAACAGCCUCUUUCAUUUCUAACUUAAACAACUCCUUAAACUCGCUUAAUAAAUAUACUGACCUCAAAAAUACUACUACCAACACUACUGUGCAAUCUAAUCCACCUAAUCACGAAAAUCUCUUUCCAACAACAAACAUUUCCAACGAUAAUCAAUACUCUACUGAACAUACGGAACAAAUAGAAAUUGACUCUGAAUAAAUACGCUUAGCUUUUACUCUCUUUUGAACUAGUACUCAAUUGGUGACACUCAGCUUCAACUGACUGCUCAUACGAGUUGAAUUUCUAGCUCUCUUCUGUUUCCCUUUUUCUUUUCUUCCUACAUAGAUCUUAUGAUUCCAAUGGAAUUUAAACGGCUACACUAACAAUUACAAUGAGCUUCAAUUAUUAAUACAUGAUCAUACCCCAGCUAUUAUACUCUUAAAUGAAACUCACAUCUCUUUCAACUUGUCGGCUUUUACUCCUAAGCAGUACAUUGGCAUGUUUCACAAUCUUCCACAUAUUAGCACAAGUAAAAGAGGCAUUGCGAUUCUCAUUAGAAGAGAUAUUCCACACAAAAUUAAUGCCAUUCAAUCCAAUUUGCUGGCUAUGUCGAUCGAAAUUAUCUUAGUUAAAAAAAUCACCAUUAUCUGCACCUACAUAUAUUGCACCAGACGAACAAUUUACCAGUACAGACAUCCUGCAAUUAAUCAACCAAGCUUCUACUCCUUUAAUUUUCGCUGGUGAUUUUAAUGCAUGGAGUCCACUAUGGGGAUCUCCAAUAGCCAACAAGAGGGGCAAAUGCAUUGAAGAUGCUUUACUUUCCUCUAACUUAAUAUGUUUGAAUAACGGAUCCGCGACGCACUUUUCCACUCACUCCACUUUUUCCCAUGUAGAUCUUACAAUGUGCACCGACACACUUGUCACAGAGUGCGAAUGGAGUAUACUCGAUCACCUGCAUGGAAGCGAUCACUUCCCCAUUGUACUAAAAUUGCACCUAGGUUCAACAACUAAAAACCACAAAAUAAAUAAGGUAUUCAAAACUGAUUACGCUGAUUGGAAGAAGUUCCAGACACAUUGCGAGAUACGAGGGCUGUCCGAUAAAUAACCGACCUCAACGUGAAGCUAGCGGCACAUCUGAAAAAACAGUUUCUACUUCAAAUUCUGCAUAUUAUAAUAGCUACUCGCCAAAAUUUCAGAAAUUUAUCUUGCGCAAUUAUAUGUUGACAGUCGUUUUUGUGAGUCUAUUUCGGUGAUUUCCCCAAAAUGGAAAAAAUUGAAUAUCGAGCUGUAAUUAAAUUUUUAUUUUUGAAAGGCAAUACGCCUUCACAAAUCAAAGAUGAGUUGGACUCUGUGUAUGGUGACUCUGCACCAUCGUUUACCACCGUAAAAUUUUGGGCAGCUGAAUUUAAACGUGAUCGCAGGAGCUUGGAAGAUGAUGAACGUCCUGGGCGUCCAAAAACUGUAACCACUAACGAUAACAACGCUAAAGUUCAUCAAUUGGUACUAGACGACCGCCGGAUUAAAGUUAGGGAAAUAGCUGAGAUUAUGAAGAUGUCAAAAGAAACUUUUUGUCACAUAUUAAACCAAGAUUUUGGCAUGAGAAAGCUGUCCGCGCGUUGGGUGCCGCGUUUGCUUACGCUAGACCACAAACGUGCGCGCAUGAACAUUUCCAGCGCUCUGUUGGCUCAGUUUAGAGGCAAUAAGACCGAGUUUUGGCGCCGAUUAAUAACUGUAGACGAAACUUGGAUUCAUCAUUAUACGCCCGAAACAAAAAACUAAUCUAAACAGUGGAUUGAAAAGGGGGAACCAGCUCCAUAAAAACCUAAAGCUGUGUAUUCGGCUGGGAAAGUGAUGGCGAGUGUUUUUUGGGACAGCCAUGGAAUUAUUUUUAUCGACUAUCUUGAAAAAGGAAAAACUAUAACAGGAGCAUACUACGCAUCAUUAUUGGACAAGCUAAAGGAAGAAAUUUCGAAAAAUCGGCCACAUUUGCAAAAAAAGAAAGUUUUGUUCCACCAAGACAACGCACCAUCUCACACCUCAACAGUCGCCAUGGCGAAAAUCCACGAAUUGCGGUUCGAACUUCUUGACCAUCUACCUUAUUCACCGGAUCUAGCACCAAGCGACUUUUUUUGGUUUCCUCAACUUAAAACUGGGCUCGGCGGCCAGAGAUUUUCGUCAAAUGAGGAGGCAAUCUCUUUCGUGAACUCGUAUUUUGCAGACAAAGACGCCAAGUACUAUUUGGAAGGGUUGCAGAGAUGGGAGCAUCGCUGGGAGAAGUGUGUGGAGUUACAAGGAGACUAUGUAGAAAAAAAAAAAAAAAAAAAAAAUUUGAAAAAGUCGCGUGCAUCAUGGUUAGGUCGGUUAUUUAUCGGACAGCCCUCGUAUAUUGUAUAACCCUAUAUCUAUCUCAAUUAGUUGAUAAUACGAACAACCGUUAGGUGAACAAAACUAUAAUACUCUGUAGCAAUUGGUUGCAAAAGUAUAAAAAGCUGUAAGUAGGACCACAUUUAGUAAAAAAAACCAACUGCCAAUUUUUGUACUUAAGUUCUAUUUAUUUGGCUUUGUUGGGUUAGACAAAAUUUUAGUUUGCACUAUUUAAUUAUAAUUUUACUGAUAUACAUCUACUUACCCAAGAAAAGAAGUGCAAUAAUAAUAAUAAUAUAUAUACAUACAUAUAUUUUGCCGUCGGCUAUUGCACUAUUAUCGUUGAACUAAAAUUCUAUAUUUGGUAUAAAUAAAUACAAGUACAUCCGCGACUCAUACACAUAUACGUACGAAUAACGUACCCAUUAGCAUAAUAUUUGUUGGUAGCGAACGCUGUAGCGACAAUACACACUAAAGCAAACACCAAUAUGAAAUAAAUACCAUGAGGAAAAAUUGCGAUUGUCCUUCAAAUCUUUUGUGUGCCAAUUUUAUACCUUUAUUUCGUGCGUACAAUAUAACAAAUAUUAUUUUGCUCAAUAAUAUUAACCCUAAAUAAUAUUAUUACAAUUUGAUAGUACCCCUCGGAAUGCCUGAAACCGACUGUGCUUACUUGUCAAACCUUCUGGAUAAACGUCUCCUGAUAUGGGCGAUCAACUCAUCCCCUGGGUCGGAUAGUAUCAUACCAGCACAGCUGCAGCGAGCCAUUACGCUUUUGAACUCCUUUAAAUUGGGAUAUAUUCUUGCGGCUUUGAGGUAGCGUAUUUCAAGCCAAAAGAGCUGCUUUAAAGUAAGAAGUAGAUAUAAAGCUCCGAGACGCAACUUAUUUCACAAUGGUGACCAUCCACAUCGAUUCUAGGGUAGCGAUAUUAGCAUUGAAUUCGCUGACUGUGCGUUCAAAACUAGGGAAAAACUAAGACUACGAGAUUAUCUGUAGCAUCGGGCUUUUCUUUAUCAUUAGACUGGCAUCCGGCCAUUGCGGUAUUGCAGGAAUCUGUAAGGCUGAUGAGCUCGCUAGGGCAGAUUCUUCAGUCUAAAUAUCUGCGGAAUGGGAACGGAUAAGAGCUCCGUUGGCAUCUCUUGAUUCAUUAAUCGGCCCACUCAGACCAAAAUGGAAUGUAA